AUGAGCUUCAAUGCUAUCUGUUGCACUGGAGCUGAAAGAUUCUCCCACCUGGGUCCUCAUGACUCCUCAAAGAAUCCAGUGCCUCCUACUUGUCUGGAGUCCAUUCACUCCUUUGCCACUUCCCUCCUCCCUAUCAAGCUCUACAAACUGCUGUCUUUACUACUGUACUUCUCUGCCAUAGCUACCAUCUAUGGAAGAUCUGCUUCUACUGACAUUAUGAUCAUUCCUCCACGGCUGCAUGAUGCCCCUCCUGCAGACAGGUUGACAGAUGUCAGUCAGGGGAGCCCCAUUCCUAUUGACAUACAGUCACCAAGAGCAUCAGACCACUACACUGCCUGUGAGAUGAAAGUUUCUAAGGCUGAGGCUGCCUCUCAACCCAGCUGCCUCCAGGGCUGGUUUGCUGAUUCUGCAGUGUCUGACUGGAAGUGUUUCACUUCACUCAAGCUAUCUACCCCCGGAGGUCAGAAAAAGGAUCUGGACAUCCUACUUCAAGAAAUUAUCAAAGAAAACUGUCCUUAUAUCCUAAAACCAGAAGCUGCAGCCUGGACUACAUCUAGUCAACACAGCUGGGCCUGGCAACAGCAGAAAGUCCUUCAAUCUUCCCCUGCUCAACUGUCCAAUUCCCAUACUGUCCAUGAGAUCAAAGUCCCUGAAAUCUGCAUUCCCCGGAUAGGAUUACUAGAGCACAUCCGGGUAACGCCUCCUACGGAUCGCGCCAGUUUCUAUAAAGCGGAGGCCACACUGCCGCACAUGCGCAAUCUCGAGCCUUCCUUCAGGCCGCAGUCCCAGACUAGUUGCUUUCUCCCGCCAGUCUUUCAAACGCCCGCUUCUCUUGCACCCUCCUCCUGCUGCCUGGGGCCGCGCAGGCGCACGGAGGAAGGCUGUGUUGAGCCAGACCCUGGACCCUCUCGGGCGCUUCAGGGGGCCGACGUUGAGUCGGGCGGCCGGGCCGUUGCAGGCAGAGAGCUGGGUCGUCUGGCCCCGUCCUGCACCCGCGGCACGGAGGCACAGGAGGGCAUCGAGCCGGCGGGGACCAGCGCCGCCGUACCCCCGGCCGCUGCUUCCCCAGCCCCGCAGCUCACCCUGCUGGUCAUGCAGCCCUGCGGCGGGCCGGAGGAGGCGGCGGGGGCGGGAGCGGCUGCGGGCGCUGUCUUGCGGCCGGUCCCCGCUCGGGCAGCAUCAGUGACCCCGACCCCGGCCUCGGUGACCCCGACCCCGGCCUCGGUGACCCCGACCCCGGCCUCGGUGACCCCGACCUCGGCCUCGGUGACCCCGACCCCGGUUCCGGAGGGCGACAGUGCCGCCGGGAACCCCAUGCCCCAGUAUGAAGUGGCGGGAGAUGCCGAGGACGAGGCCGCCGAGGACGAGACGGACCUGCUGGACACCUCAGACCCGCCGGGGGGCGGCGAGAGCACGGCCAGCCCGGAGGAACUGGAAGAUGAGGAGACGCACUCGGGCGGCGAAAACGGCAGGGCGUCCGCGGGGGUGGCAGGCGGGGGCGGCGGGGGCAGCGUAAGCAAGACGUGCACCUACGAGGGCUGCAGCGAGACCACGAGCCAAGUGGCCAAGCAGCGCAAGCCGUGGAUGUGCAAGAAGCACCGCAACAAGAUGUACAAAGACAAGUACAAGAAGAAAAAGAGCGAUCAGGCCCUGAGCUUGGCCGGUACUGGGGCCGCGGCCGCAGCAGGCGGGGGAGGAGGCGGCGCGGGCAGCGUCAAGCUCGAGGAAAGCACAGAUGGCUCAGCAUCCACUGGAAAACAAAGAACUGGUUCUAUUGGAGAUCGUCCUGCAAGACCUACUCUCUUAGAGCAAGUAUUAAAUCAAAAACGCCUGGCAUUAUUAAGAAGUCCAGAAGUUGUACAAUUUCUGCAGAAACAGCAACAACUACUAAAUCAACAAGUUUUGGAGCAAAGACAACAGCAACAGUUUCCUGGAGCAUCAGUGUAAAGGGACUAAUUGAGGCUAUUUACAAGUUUAAUAUUUUUAUAUUGAAGAAAAAUAAGUUAUAGUAGUCAAGUAGAACACAUGCAUAUGAUUAUCAUAAAACAUUUUCCUAGAAAUACAUAUAUUUGUUUUUUGUGAUGGGUUUUUAGACUUUGAGGGAACCUGUAUUUUAAAGGAAUCUGGUUCUGUGUUAUAUUUUCAAAACUCCACUUAACUUCAUUGUUUUAAAAAACACUUUUCAUUAAUUUAAAAAUUACUCUAAAUCUCUCAACAAAUUAUCAGGCAAAAGAUGAUAAAUAUGGUCAUUCCUAAGUAUUGUUAAUGAAGGAAAUGAGAUAGUUACUUUCUAUGGAAGUUGUGAAAGUAAUAGAUAUUGAUCUUGAAUUGUUUAGUCACUGAGUGUGGCAAGAUAUCGCUUGGACAUUCAGGAGGCCUAGGCUCAGGAAUAACCAACACACCUGAACGUGGAAUUAACAAGGAAGCAAAUAUAAAGGGUCUGUAUACAUAUGUAGGAAGUAGGGUGGUAAUAAUGAUCUGCUCUGUGAGACUGAAGUGUGCCCCUGGCUUCAGAAAUGUCCUACUGAAACCAAAAGAGGACUUCAGGAAAGAAAUUAGAAUGAAGAAAAUACAGAAGAAACUGCUUGAUUCCAUUACCUACCAUCACACUGUCUAUCAUAUGUCAUCUGUUAGAUGUGAUCUUUGUGGAAGCAGGUAUUCUGAAGUGCAGAAUUUCUGGUUGGUAGAGAUUGUAUCUGGCUUACCUAGUUCACCAAUUCCCUCAUUAAAUUGGCACUGAUUUUAUUACUUAUUAAUCUUUUUUUAAAUGGAAAAUUUUGAGAAUAGGAGAAAAACUCCCCCUCAGUUGUGAAUUAUUCAAAAAAUUGAGCCAGUUCAAGAUUGUUGCUAUUGAAUAGAUGCCCAAAGAAUGAAGUGAGAUACAAAAUUUUAUCCUUUCUUCCUAAGAUAAUAAAACUCAAAAUCAGAUCUAAUCAUAGUACCCAAAAGGUCAGAGUAAAUAUUACCCCCGCACCAUGUGCAUCCUGAUGCCAAAUGUGUACCAGUCCGAAUUGUACGAAAACUGUUUUUUUUGUAAGUUAGUUUUUAAGCCAUGGCCUCUAGAGAUGAGGCUCUCUGAUAUGCAUUCAAAGAGUAUUCUUCAUUUUAUAUGUAUAGGCUUUAUAAUUAUAUAUUGGUGCAAAAUAAUAAAAUA